UGAUGGAUAAAUGUAAAAUGUGCGCGGUUUUUAAAUCCGCAUUUUUACGGAAUCAUUUGACAGAGACAUUUGUAUUAGCAUUAAUUUUUACAGAUUUUGGAUUUCAAUUGAUAUCAUUGCUCAAAUUACCAGCACUUUCCACAGAAGAUAAAUUAGAAUACAAUUUCUAUCCUGUCGCGAGUGGACAACUUCAAUUCCGGAUAAAAGCUCCAAAUGAUGCUCAUAUCGCUCUUACCACGGGCCCUCAAGAGGGAGAACCUAUGUACGAAGUCUUCAUUGGUGGUUGGAGCAACAGUAAAUCCGUAAUCCGUAAAAAUAGAACAAAGCCUGAUGUUGCUGAGGUAGAUACACCUGGCAUUCUUAGUGCAGAUGAAAUGCGUGGAUUUUGGAUAAGAUGGAAUGAUGGUGUUCUAUCAGUGGGUAAAGAAGGUGAACCAAGUGCAUUCCUCACGUAUGCCGAUCCAGAACCAUUCGGAAUCGGUUAUUUUGGAGUAUGUACUGGUUGGGGUGCCUCUGGUGAAUGGUUAAUCGAAGGACGUGGCUCCUUGUCAACAAAGAAUGAAUUAAUCUACAAGUUUCAUAAUAUAAGGAGUGGCUCGGUUCUUAUUGAAGUGAGAGCUAAAAGUAACGCGCACAUCGCUCUGACCAACAAAAAAGGCGACUCGAGUCCUAUGUAUGAAAUCAUCCUUGGAGGCUGGGAAAAUACAGCAUCCGUCAUCAGAUAUGAUUGUAAACAACCUGAUAAGGUGCGCGUAAAUACGCCAAAUCUUCUGAACGAGAACGAAACAAAGAAGUUCGCGAUUUGUUGGCUUGACGGUCGCAUCAUGGUCAGAGUUGGUGGUCUUAAUGGUUCUGUGAUCAUGGAAUGGCAGGAUCCUACACCAAUUGGUGUGAGCUACGUGGGUGUGCGUACCGGUUGGGGAGCAACCGGCAAAUGGAAACUUCAAACUACACUGUAUCCAUCUCCUACGGCUCCCAAUUAUCAAAAUGUGAAUCCAACAGCUCCACCAGUGGAAGGAGUAGUAGAUAUAGGAGAAUUUUGUUGGUGUGAAGCAUCUGGUGGAAUAAUUCCACCAUCUGCAGUCCAAGGAGGGAAAGAUAUUGAUGGAAAUGAUUUGUACGUGGGCAGAGCCUAUCAUGAGGGUGCUCUUCUUCCUGGCAAAGUAAAGCUAGGAGAUACUAUCUGUUAUGUAGCUUGGGGUGGAGAGGAACAUCUAAAAAAUGAUUAUCAGGUUCUCUGUGAUUGUAAUCCUGUAUGGGUACCAACAACUGGAAAUAAUAUUCCUCACAAUGCAAUUCCUGGUGGCGAAACAGAAGAUGGAGAACCACUUUAUGUUGGGCGUGUACAACAUGAGGGCUCUAUAACAAUCGGCAAAGUGCAACCUUCACAUAGUGUGUGCUAUAUACCAUAUGGAGGUGUUGAAAUUGCAUAUCCUGAAUAUGAGAUCAUGGUACAGCGGGAUUAAAUUGAAAUUAUUGCACCAACAUCGAUGAAUUUAUUAACGAAUCAUAAUUGUUUAUAAUGAUAUUAUUUUUGUAUUUUAAACAUGAUAAAAUAUCAAUAGCAGAUUCUGCCACGAAUUAAAAAAAAGAAUGUUUUAUGAAUAUUAGAAUAAUUAUCCUAUUUAAUAAUUCGCAUAAGCAAAAACACAUAUUUGCAGUCUGAUAAUCAAAUUCAAUUAUUAUCGGUAUUUUAAUAAAAAGAAAUGAAAUGGAAUGCUCUAUCAUAAGAUUAAUUAAGAGAAUCUCUUAGGUGUGCAAACUAGUCUAGUUAUAAAUCGGCUGAUCUUGAUUCAUCGAUCAAUUGGUGUAAACAAGCAUACACUUCUGCACAGAAUAUAAUUACAAUCACAUUAAUAGAAUGUGCAAGUAAAAAAUUGAUGAUAUAUAUGUAUAGCUAAGCUAUAUAAGCGUAAUAUUGAUUACAUAUAGUAUUAUUAAUUCUUGUUAGAUGUUCAUAUAGUUUGAAAAACAUAUUGCUUGAUUGUAAUAUUUCGAAUGAGAAUUAUAAAAAACAUUUUUUUGAUAAUGAUGCAGUAAUUUGAUGCACAAUAAUUUUUGCUUUUUUACAAUUGUUGAUUUUGGAAUAUUGUUAUGAAACAAUAAAUAAUAUUUCUA